CUCCCUUCCCAAAUUUCUUCUGUCUCGUGCUCAGACUCACAGAGAGAGAGAGAGAGAGAGCCGCCAACCAUGUGUGGAAUACUAGCGGUCUUUGGCUGCACCGACAACUCUCAGGCGAAGCGCUCCCGGAUCAUUGAACUGUCUCGGAGGUUGCGUCAUAGAGGUCCUGAUUGGAGUGGCUUGCACUGUCAUGAGGAUUGUUAUCUGGCUCAUCAACGAUUAGCUAUUGUGGAUCCUACUUCAGGAGAUCAGCCACUUUACAACGAAGACAAGACAGUAAUUGUCACGGUUAAUGGUGAGAUAUAUAACCACAAACAAUUAAGAGAGAAGCUGAAGUCUCAUCAAUUCCGAACUGGAAGUGACUGUGAAGUGAUUGCCCAUCUUUAUGAAGAGUAUGGGGAAAGUUUUGUGGAUAUGUUGGAUGGCAUGUUCUCUUUUGUUCUUCUUGACACCCGGGACAAAAGUUUUAUUGCAGCGCGUGAUGCUAUUGGCAUUACCCCACUUUACAUCGGCUGGGGUCUUGAUGGUUCAGUAUGGUUUGCUUCAGAAAUGAAGGCAUUGAGCGAUGAUUGUGAAAGAUUUAUGUCUUUUCUUCCUGGGCAUAUAUAUUCUAGCAAACAGGGAGGGCUUAGAAGAUGGUAUAACCCACCAUGGUAUUCAGAGAGCAUACCAUCAACUAGAUAUGAUCCCAUACUUCUACGUGAGAGCUUUGAGAAGGCUGUGGUUAAGAGACUUAUGACUGAUGUACCAUUUGGUGUACUUUUAUCUGGAGGACUGGACUCCUCUCUUGUUGCUGCUGUGGCUGGCCGCUAUAUGGCAGAAUCAGAAGCUGCUUGUCAGUGGGGAUCACAAUUGCACACGUUUUGUGUUGGUUUGAAGGGUUCUCCAGAUCUGAAAGCUGCCAGGGAGGUGGCAGAUUAUCUUGGAACUCGUCAUCAUGAGUUUCACUUCACUGUUCAGGAAGGCAUAGAUGCACUUGAGGAAGUCAUUUACCAUAUUGAAACAUAUGAUGUGACCACUGUCAGAGCCAGCACACCAAUGUUUCUUAUGUCUCGGAAAAUUAAAUCUUUGGGAGUGAAAAUGGUUCUUUCUGGAGAAGGAUCAGAUGAAAUUUUUGGAGGUUACUUGUACUUCCACAAGGCACCUAACAAGGAGGAGUUUCACCAAGAAACAUGUCAAAAAAUUAAAGCUCUUCAUCUGUAUGACUGCCUGAGGGCCAAUAAAUCAACUUCAGCAUGGGGUGUUGAGGCUCGUGUACCCUUCUUAGAUAAAGAAUUCAUCAAUGUGGCAAUGAACAUUGAUCCUGAGUGGAAAAUGGUCAGGCCUGAUCUUGGAAGAAUAGAGAAGUGGAUCCUACGCAAUGCAUUUGAUGAUGAACAGAACCCAUAUUUGCCAAAGCACAUAUUGUACAGACAAAAGGAGCAGUUCAGUGAUGGCGUUGGGUACAGUUGGAUUGAUGGCUUGAAGGAUCAUGCAAACGAUCAAGUAACAGAUGCAAUGUUGACGCAUGCAAGUUUUAUUUACCCUGAAAAUACACCUACGACAAAGGAAGCAUAUUACUACCGAGCUAUCUUUGAGAAGUUCUUUCCUAAGAAUGCUGCUAGAUCAACAGUUCCCGGAGGUCCAAGUGUGGCUUGCAGCACUGCAAAAGCUGUGGAAUGGGAUGCCUCGUGGUCAAAAAACCCUGACCCCUCUGGUCGUGCAGCACUUGGUGUUCAUGCAGCUGCAUACGAGGAAGGAGUGGAUGCCAAGAAUGCCAAUACGAUGAAUGGUUCCCCACAAAAAUUUCAGGGGUCUGUAGAGAAAACUACAGCAGUUGUUUGAAGUAGGACAUCCUCGCAUCUUAAAUUUGUCACAUAACCACCAGAAGAAAUUUGUUCCUGAUGAAAAAGGUACCCCAAUUUCUUGGUUCCUCCUUUGUUCUUUCAAAUAUGCGACAAAACUAACCCUUUUUUGGGAUUGUACUAACGGAGCGUUUUGCAUGUUUAUAAGACUAUAUGGUUCGAUAAGAUAUUUUCUGGUAUUGUGACAGACACAGGCUUGUGGCCCUUGGUUGAUAUCAAUCCAGCUCUUAACGAACUGUUUAUGUAUUUUGUGAAGUUGAUUUCACUGCUGUGUAUUUCCUAGCUUCUUGUGUAGAUUACUCUGAAGCGUAAAGAAUUUCUUGUAGUACCUUUGAAAUCUUGAAUGGUCUAGAGAAUGCUUGAUUCGAGGAACAGACUAGGGGAUAAUUAUUCCAUAA